AUGGCCUCGGCGACGGGAUGGACGGAAGUGGCGGUCAUGGGAGGGCUCCGGGGCUGGCGGUCCCGCUCGGCGGGGAUCCGGGUGCGUAAGAUGAGGACGAUGUCGAAGACGCUGACCAUCGCCCGGUCCGCGCGCCGCCGCAGGCAGCUGCGGACGCUGCUCCGAACCUUCGGGCUCGGGAUGCUAUUCGCCUCGUUCGCAACGGGCGCGGCGGCGCUGGUCGACCGCGGUUUCGCGCUCGGGCUCGCGUGGCCGGUCCUCGCUGCGCCGGGCGCGUUGACGCUGCUCGGGUUCGUGACCCCGGCGCUGCUCCGCCGCGAGCCGCUGGAGCGCGCGACGAUCGAGCUCGAUCAGAACCUCGGGCUCGCCGACCGCGUGACGACGGGCGUCGCCUUCGCCGGGCUGGACGACGCCGGCCCGUUCGAGACGCUGGCUCAGCGCGACGCGGAGGCCGCGGCCGAGGCCGCCCGCCUGCGCGAGGGCGUGCCCGUGCGCGCGACGCGCGUCCACCACUGGUGGCCGCUGACGACGGCCGCGGCCGUGGCGCUCGCCGUGUGGCUCCCCGCGCUCGCGCCGCGCGGCGCCGCCCAGCGGGUCGAGACCGCCGCUCAGCGGCAAGAGCGCAGCGAGGCGCAGGAGCAGAUCAGCUCGGCGCUCGAGGACGCGGCGCUCGCGCUCGAGGAGCAACCCGAGCUCUUUAGCGAGCAGACCAGGCGCGAGCUCGAGGCGCUCGAGCGCAUCGAGGAAGAGCUCGCGUUCCAGAACGCCGACCCGGAAGAAGCGCGGGCGCAGGCCGCCGAGGCCUUGGCCGACGCCGCGGAGGAGAUCGAACAGCUCGCCCAGGCCGACGAACGCGCCGUCGACGCCACCAGCGACCGGUUCGAGCGAGCGGGCGGCGCCGAAGACCCGCUCGGCGACGCGCUCGCCGAGGGCGAUUUCGCCCGAGCCGCGGACGAGUUGGCGGCGCUGGAAGAAUCGCUGGCCGGCGCUACGCCCGAAGAGCGAGAACGCCUCGGCGAACGCCUGCGCGAGGUCGCCGAGAACAUCGACACCUCGGACGCGGACCAGCCCCCUACCGCCGAGGAGCGCCUUGCGCAGGAAGGGAUCGAUCCCGCGCUCGCCGAGGAGAUCGCCGCGCAGGACGACGGGGAAGCGGUCCGCGAGCGGCUCGAGCGUGAGGGGGCCGACCCGAUCGAAGCCCAGCGCAUCGCCGAGCAGCUCCGUCAGGACGCGCAGGAACGCGAGGCGCAGGAGCAGGCGCAGCGCAACGCGCAGGAGUUCCGCGAGGCGCUCGAGCAAGCCGCGGGGCAGUGCGAGAACCCCGGCGAGGCGUCGGGGGAGAACCCGAGCGCGCCCCCGGGCGAGCAGGGCGAACCGAACGCUGGUGAACAGGGCGGUGAUCAGGGCGGCGACGCGGCGACGCAAGGCGGCGCGGAAGAACGGCCCGGUCAGCCCGAGCAGCAGGGCCAGCCCGGCGCGAGCGGGCUGCAGGAAGCCCAGCGCCUGGCCCGCGAGCUCCAGGAGCAAGGCGACAGCGCCGGGGCUGGCGAGACGCUCGCCGAGCGGCUCCGCGAGCAGGCGAACGGGAUCAGCCAGCGCCCGAGCUCCGGGGACGGCUCGGCUCCGGAGGCCGGCGUCGGAUCGGCGCCUCCGACACGGACAACGCCCCCGCCCCCGAACCGCUCGCUGCAGACCGAUUCGGUCAACGCGCGGCGCGGGGCGGACAGCACGCGCGUGACCCAGGAGAUCGAGGCGCGGGGCCCGGCGCUGCCCGAGCGCCGCGCGACGAGCGAGCAGGCGGAGCGGACGCUGCGCGAGGCCGCGCCCAGCGCCGAGCGCGCGAUCGAGAGCCAGGGCGUCCCGGCCCGCUACCGCGAGAUGGUACGACCCGUCAUGAGCGUGCGUUUCGAUCAGCCGGCGUGGCUGCUCGUCGCCCUGCUGGCGAUCCCGGCGCUGGUGAUCGCGCUGCGCUGGCUGCGCGGGAUGAGCCGCUGGCGUGCGUGGAGCUGCGCGCUGGCCCGGGCGACGCUGCUGGUUCUUGUGGCCGCGGCGCUCGCGGGAGCGAGCGCCGUUCGGACCAGCGAGCGGAUCGCAGUGAUCGCGCUCGUCGAUGUCUCCGACUCUCUGCGUCGCGACGCCGCGGGCGACGCGCUCGGGCGGGCGAGGGCGUGGAUCGGCGCGCUCGCGCAGACGAUGGAUCCCGACGAUUUCCUCGGGGUCGCCGCGUUCUCGGGGCGCGCCGUCGCCGUGGCCGCGCCCGCGCGCGGCGGGCUGGAGGCCGACGACCUCACGCUCGAUCUCGAUCUGGGCGACGCGACGGAUCUCGCGGGCGCGAUCGAGCUGGCGGCCGCGAUGGCGCCGCCGGACGCCGUCGCGCGCGUGGUGAUCUUCAGCGACGGCGUGGAGACCGCGGGCGAGGCGCUCGCCUCCGCGACCGCGCUCGCGACGGUGCGCGUCGACGCGGUCCCGGUCGAGUACCGCGUGGGCAGCGACGUGAUCGUGGAGCGCGUGCUCGCGCCGCAGCAGGCGGUCCGCGAGUCGAGCGUGCCCGUGCGCGUCACGCUGCGCUCGGCGCGCGAGGUCGCGGGCUCGCUGCUCCUCAAACGCAACAACGAGUUCAUCGAUCUCAACGGCGACGCCGAGGGUCUCGGGCUGAGACUCACGCUGCGGGCGGGGGAGAACACCGUGCUGCGCGACGUGCCGCUCGGCGACGGCGGCGUGCACCAGCUGGAGGUGUUCUUCGACCCCGACGACCCAGGGCUGGACGCCGUGAGCGCCAACAACAGCGCCGGGGCGGUGGUGAUCACGCCGGGGCGGGGGCGGGCGCUGCACAUCGACGGCGCCGAGGGCGGGGGCGGGCGGGCGCUCGCGGGCGUGCUGCGCGACGCGGGGUUCGAGGUCACGGGCGUCGCGCCCGAGGAGGCGCCGACCGGGCUGCUCGAGCUGCACGCGUACGAUCUCGUGGUGCUGCACGACGUCGCCGCGGACCAGACGCCCCGCGCCGCGCACGCGGCGCUGGCGAGCUACGCGCAGCGGCUCGGCGGCGGGCUUCUCGUGGUGGGAGGGCCCGAAUCUCUCGGCGCGGGGGGGUGGAACGGGACCCCCCUCGAGCCGGUGCUCCCGGUGAAGCUGGACCUCCCCGAGGAUCUGAUCGUCCCUUCCGCGGCGAUCGUCAUGGUGCUCGAUUCGUCGGGUUCGAUGUCGUCGCGCGUGAUGGGCGGCUCGCGCUCGCAGCAGGAGAUCGCCAACGAGGCGGCGGCGCUCGCGGCGCAGACGCUCGAUCGCACAGACCUCGUCGGCGCGAUCGGCUUCGCCGACGGCCCCUACACCGUGGUCCCGCUGGGCCCGAACCGCGACCCAGACGCCAACGGACAACGGCUGCGCUCGAUCAGCUCGGGCGGGGGGACGAACAUGUACCCCGCGAUCCGCGAGGCGGGCGAGUGGCUGCUCGCGGCCGACGCGGAGGUCAAGCACAUCAUCGUCCUAAGCGACGGGCAGAGCAGCGGCAACGCCGAGUCGGGCGUCGAGCACGCCGAGCGGAUGCGCGAGUCGGGCCUCUCUAUCACGACGAUCGCGGUGGGCGACGGCGCGGACCACGUCACGCUCCAGCGCAUCGCUCAGGCCGGCGGGGGCGAGUUUUACGCCGUGUCCAACCCGAACCUGUUGCCGCGGAUCUUCGUGCGCGAGAUCCGCAUCGUGCGGAAGCCCCUGGUGCGCGAAGAGCCCUUCACGCCGAUGCUGCUCCCGUCGGGUUCCCCGAUCACCAGCGGGCUCGGCGCGCUCCCGGCGCUGCAGGGGCUCGUGCUCACCCAGCAGCGCCCGGAGCCCGAGAUCACGCUCGCGAUGGCGACCGGCUCGGGCGAGCCGGUGCUGGCGCACUGGAACACGGGGCUCGGGCGCGUCGCGGUCUUCACGUCAGACGCCCACAACUGGGCGUCGGGGUGGUUGGGCUGGCCGGGGUUCCGCGCGAUGUGGACCCAGGCGGCGCGGUACGCCGCGCGCCCGCCUAUGUCGCGCGACGCGGAGCUGGGCGUCGCCCUUGAGGGCGACACGUUGUCGCUCCGCCUCGACGCCGCCGACGACGACGGAGCGCCGAUCAACCUGCUGCGCGUCCCCGCCGUGGUCUACACGCCCGACGGCAAGAGCGUGAGCGUCGAGCUCGCGCAGACCGGCCCCGGGCUCUACGAGGCGAGCGUGCCGGCGAGCGCGAGCGGGACCUACGUGGUGGCGGCCACGCCGCGCCGGGGCGAGCAGGCGCUCGCGCCCUCGCUGGUCGGGGUGUCCAAACCGGCCGGGCUCGAGCUCCGCUCGCUCGAAUCAAACGCGCCGCGUCUGGCGCAGAUUGCUGAAGCGACGGGCGGGGGCGUGUACGACCUCGACGACCCGGCGCGGGCGUCCGAGAUAUGGGACCGCUCGAGCGUCGAGCCGGUCGCCGCGGCCACGCCGCUCUGGCCCUUGCUGCUGCUCUGGGCUCUCGGGGUGUACAUGGUGGACAUCGCCACCCGGCGCGUGGCCUGGGACCGGCUCCUGAGGCGCGAGGUCGCGACGGCGCGGAGGCUGACAGAAGGGGCGCAGGGCACGACCGCGGCCGCGUGGAAAGCCGCCAAACGGCGCACGGAGCCGACGCCCCCCUCGGCCCCGGCGGAGGCCCCGGCGCCCGCGGCGGGCGGUGGCGAGCUCGCGGCCCGGCGUCGGCGGGUGGAGAACGCGAUCCGCCAGACGUCCGGCGAGGCCCCGGGCUCGCCGGACGUCCGGGAACCCGGCGGGGAGGCGGAGGCGGACGCCCGCAGCGGGCUGCUCGCCGCCAAGCGCCGGGCGAGCCGACGCUUCGACGAACACGAAGAGACCUGA